AUGUCGACGACCACCACUCCACCAGAGCCGCAGGCGCGCUCAAGCUCGAUGCCCUCCCCUAUCCACCAUCUACUGAAGAGUUACACUUCGUCACACCCGCUCCGUUCGCCGUCACCAUUACCUGCGAACGCCCGCGUCGAUCCACAGCGCCCCCAGCGCACAGCGCCACCCUCCAGUUCGUCCCCACUCAUGUGGACGUUGGGGGUAUGGAUAGCGUUUAUCCAGUUUGCGUUGGCCAAGGGUCUGCACAUCGUGUGGAGCCUGCUCAAGCAUCUCGUCGUCGGACCACACCGCAAGAGCUGGGGAUACCGCAUGACGUUUAUUGUCUCGUUCAUGCGCAAUGUUGCAAACUACACCGACUUUGCAGACAUAGUACUUGUCCGCCGCCUGGUGUCUAUCACCUACCUCAUCCCCUUGCCAGCAGACGCGGUGGUCACACCGAUCACCUUCCUCGUCCCGAAGCGGCGAGGUGAGGACGCAUGCCGAGGGUUCUUCCGCGACUGGGAUUGGCAGGAGACGGGGACGCGCGAGCUCACGGGCGAGUGGGUUGUCAACAACGACGUGUGGAAGCGGCUCAAGGCGGAGCGGCGUGCGAGGUGGAACGCCGAGAUGCGGCGGAGAGCCCACUAUCACGUCGGCCCUUCGCGGUUACGCCACGACAGCAUGAGCUCGGACACGUCGGAAAGCCGGUCGCCGCUCGGCCGCAUUUUCUCGUCCCUUCCCACUCCAAUCUAUGGGCGUACCCCUGCGGUCGCACCUCGCCCGUUACCUGGAGGCCCCGAGGCAAUGGAGAUGCCCGAGCCCGAGGUGGAAGGUGUUCCCCCGUCGAGGCGCGAGAGGGUUAUCUACUAUGUCCAUGGCGGCGCGUACUAUGUCGGCAACGCGGCCACCCACCGCCUCAUAACCAUCGGCGUGAGCAAGGCCUGUAACGCCCGCGUCUUUGCUAUCACGUACCGGCUCGCACCGGAGGCGGCGUUUCCUCUUCCACUCCACGACGUCCUCCACGGUUAUCUCCGCUUACUGGCCCCUCCCUUGUCGAUUCCUCCAGAGAACAUUGUCGUGAUGGGCGAUUCGGCGGGUGGCGGUCUCUCCAUCGCCCUGUGCUUGUACCUGCGCGACAACGGGUACCGGCUUCCCGCUGGCCUUGUGCUGAUGUCGCCGUGGGUCGACUUGACCAUGUCAUGCGGUAGCUGGGACGAAAACGCGUACAGUGACGUCGUGCCGCGCCCAGACGCCGAGGACCACCUCAACCCAGUGGGGUGCUAUCUGGGUCCAAAAGGUCUCCAGAGCCACCUCACGCACCCGUACGCGUCGCCACUCUUCGGCGAUCUGCGUGGCCUGCCUCCGAUGCUCAUCCAGAGCGGUGAGGCCGAGGUUUUACGUGACGAGAUCACACUCCUCGCACACAAGGCUACGCUUGCUGGCGUCCAUGUAACUCACGAGCUGUAUGAGGACAUGGUUCACGUCUUCCAGACGUUCACAUGGCUGCCAGCUGCCAAGGCUGCUGUCAACAGCGUUGGGAGGUGGGUUCGCCAGACGCUCCCCCGCGUCGAGUGGGAGGCGACUCAGGUCGCGCUGUCCGUCGAGGCUGCUCAGACCCUUCUGGAGCGCGAGGUGCAAGCUGGCACCGACAGCGACGCGGAGCACCUUGACUCGGACAACGACACCGAUGGUGACGACACUCCGAUCGCGGCGUCACCUGCUGGAAGAGGUACACUGCCGGUGUCGGCCUCGCUGGCCAGCAUUGAUGAGGAGCGUCCCUCUCGCCGCUCUUCCCGACGUCAUCGCAAGGACGACUACGACAGAAUGUCCAGAGAUCACAGUACGCCGCGGCGGCAGAGGUCAGCCGCCAACUUUGCGCCCGAUGUGUCCGUCAUUCCGCUGGCAGUGCCCCGACAGCAACGUCCGACUGCGGCGUUCCCCCAUCAACCCCACCUUGCGAACGAAACAGAAUCUCCUCGCCCCCAACUUCACCGCGCGCACACUGCUGGCGUUGCCUCGAGCAGCAGCAUCAUCUCACCUCCAGCCCAUCGCUCUACCUCCACCGCAACGCUGUCGCCGUCGCGCGAGGCCUCGUACUCCACCCUCGGUCGCACGCACUCGCAGUCGCACGUUCCACAAGCCACCCAGCAUGCCGCUAUCCGCCGCCGCCGCGCCACCGCGAGCCUCAGCAUGCACGUGAGCUCACCAGUUUCACCAACUGGGGCCUAUGCGCCGGGUCCGAUGCACCCAGCGUCUCCGCCUCCCCCGACUCCUCGGAGAAGGCUCCGGGCUCCGACCAUCACGAGUUAUCCCUCGACUCCAACAGCGCGUACGCGCACGACUUCCCAUACAGACAUCUUUGAGCUUGUCGACAGCUACAACGAGAGCGGCGCUGCAAAUCCGACCGUUGUCUACGGUGCCGAGGGUGAGAUCCGCAGCGUGGGCGUGCUGGGCGAUGAGGAGGAUGAGUGGGAAGUGCCAGAAGAUGAUGCCCAGAGGUAG